AUGUCGUAUCAGCCAGGCUACCGCAGCGUCGCCUACUUCGUCAAUUGGGCCAUCUACGGCCGGAACCACCAGCCACAGGACAUUCCCGCCGAAAAGCUCACACACAUCUUGUAUGCCUUCGCCAAUGUGCGCCCAGAUAGUGGAGAAGUCUACUUGACCGAUUCUUGGUCAGACACAGACAAACACUACCCUUCCGAUUCUUGGAAUGACACGGGCAACAACGUCUACGGCUGCAUCAAACAGAUCUACUUGCUCAAGAAGCGCAAUCGAAACCUGAAGGUCUUGCUGAGCAUUGGCGGGUGGACGUAUAGCAGUAAUUUCGCUCAGCCGGCCUCCACCGAACAGGGCAGGCGCACAUUCGCUACGAGCGCGGUCCGCCUGCUGAAGGAUCUGGGCCUCGACGGUCUGGACAUCGACUGGGAGUAUCCAAAGUCAGACGCAGAGGCCAACGACUUCGUCAAGCUUCUUCAUGCCGUGAGGCACGAAUUGGAGGCGUACACGAACUCCCUGCAACAUCGCCCCCAUUUCUUGCUGACGGUUGCUUCACCGGCAGGGCCUUCAAACUGCCGCUGGCUGAGGCUGAAGGAAAUGGACUACUACCUCGACUUCUGGAACAUGAUGGCAUAUGACUUUGCGGGCUCAUGGGAUUCGAAUGCCGGUCAUCAAGCCAACAUAUACCCAGCCCAGCAGAAUCCGCAGAGCACGCCGUUCAGCAUCGACUUCGCGGUGCGGUACUACAUUGAGCAUGGAGUACAUCCGAGCAAAAUCGUGCUUGGCAUGCCGCUGUACGGACGGGCCUUUCAAAAUACCAAGGGGCCGGGCCGUGGAUACAGCGGAGUCGGCGAAGGCAGCUGGGAGAAUGGCGUGUGGGACUACAAGGUGGGUGCAGAGUAUUCCUUUUGCCCUCUCCAUCUCCAUUGAUGAUACCGAGCUCAACGUCUAGCAUGCCCUGCAUGAACUCUUCGUGGUAAGGAAUGUUAGAAGCCUCUUCGCGAUGGUUCCUGCAUGUCUUCCCACGAAUGAGCACGGCAUUCAAUGGGCGCGGCGUCUUUUGACGUCCAAAACUUGAUCUAAUCUGACUCCACCGCACUCAUGUUCCCGUCUUCGCGACCAUGCAUCCAAAAAGCUCUUCGCUAACAUGCAUCCCAGGCCCUCCCGCGUCCGAACUCCCAAGUCCACCACGACAACCAAGCCGUCGCUUCCUGGUGCUAUGACCCGUCCACCAAGACCCUGGUCUCCUACGACAGCCCCCAAGUCGCCGCCCAGAAAGUCCAAUACAUCAAACACGUCGGCCUCGGGGGCGCCAUGUGGUGGGAAAGUAGCGGCGACCACCCUUCUGGCCACGCGGAAAGCUUGAUCAACAUCACCGUGCAGGGCCUGGGCGGGUUUGACGGCAAGCAUAUGGAGCAACACGAGAAUUGUCUGGAAUAUCCCGAGAGCAGGUAUGAUAAUCUGCGAGGGGGUAUGCCCGGGGAGUGA